AUGACACCACCAUCAGUCGUCCCUGCUGCUAAUGGUCAGCAAGAUGGGCAGAGCUUGGAUGAGUUGGUGAUGGGAACAAAUAGCAGCUCCAUCGUGUCGAAAAGAAGUGUUGAGAAGCUUUACUACCCUGACGAGCCGCAUUUCUACCGUUUCUUCGUGCCGCGAUUUCAAAGGCGAGCACCACUGGUCAAUCGCGGCUACCACCUGAGAAUCAAAGUCAUCGACACCAUUGUUCGCAACUUUCUACGCGAGCCCACGUCUCGCAAGAAGGUGAUCGUCAAUCUUGGGUGUGGAAGCGACGUGUUGCCAUGGCAGUGUCACGCACGCUACCCAGAGCUGGCCGGUGACACUAUGUUUGUCGACGUCGAUUUUCCAGACUUGAUGGAGAGGAAACGCAAGAUAGUGUUGGCCCACCCCGAACUUUCCAGCCUGUUGGGGUCCUCCUGCGUGACGGGCACUGCGGGCUCCCCAAUUCUGCUCCAGAGUGCCCUGUAUUCCCUCAUUGCCUGCGACUUGCGUCAGCCUUCAGUCCUUCAAGACUGCCUGUCCAAAGUCAUAGGUGCAGACACAUCUGAUGUCAGCUUCCUAUUCGUGGCUGAGGUGUCAAUCACCUACUUAGAGACCCGAGCAGCCGAUGAAGUCAUCCGCUGGGCCAGCUCGAUCGGCUCUGCCCAGUUCUGUUUACUUGAGCAAUUGCUCCCUGAUGGCCCGGAACACCCUUUUGCAAAGACGAUGAUGAGACACUUCAGUAAGAUGAAUACACCACUGAGGUCUGUGUCGCAGUAUCCCACUUUGGUGGACCAACACCGGCGUUUUGAAUCUCGAGGCUGGGCGACUGUGAAGAGCUGGCCUCUGUGGGAGGCUUGGGCAGACGACUACUUCAUGACGGCGGCCGAAAGGAACCACCUCGAUAAUAUGGAACCUUUCGACGAAUGGGAGGAGUUUGCUCUCUUUGGCAGUCACUACUUCGUACUCCGGGCAAGCAAUCAAUCCACGGGAGAAACUUCGACGCCGCGACCACCACGGGAACAGUCGAGCACGCUUGAAAAGUGGCGUAUAGCCAUGCGACUUGAUGAGCCCCCGAAAGGCGUGUCACUGCGACGCUUUGGCGCUGCUGUUCAAGUUGCCGUGCCAGGGAGACCCGAACAUCUCUGCCAUAUUCUCGGCCAAGGACCCGGAUCGCGUCUCAGCUCCCUUGACGUUCACUGCAUCUCGGAAGAGGUCAUUCCAGCGACAUCGUCAGGCAAUGGACCCUCACAGAGAGUGUGCUUCACUCUUACAGAUCUGGGCAGCGCAGGGGUAAUGCUCGCUGGUGGACGCGCCUCUCCUACCGCGCCGUCGAAGGAAACCUGGAUCUAUGCCACGUCUUCGGGGCGCUGGUAUAGGUCCCACGACCUGCCCAUGCCAACUUUUCGUCACUCGGCGGUUAGGCUAGGCUCGUCUUCGCUGGCUCUUGUUGUGGGUGGAAAGACGGAUAAGCACACCGUGGCGACAGCGUGCCAUGUAUUCGAUCCGAAGAUCGGCUGGCGGACUUGUAAGCUUCGCGGGACACGUCCAGCAGUCUUCGGGGCGACCUUGAUUGAGUGCCCCGAAACUGAUGCUGCGGCCUACACGGGAGUCCUGAUUGGUGGUAUGCACGAGGAUGGCACAUGCAAUCAGUCGACUUUCUUCUGGGAACUAGACAUGGAUGGCUCGUCUGACCUCUCCAUAUCUUUUAGACGCGGUGCGGAUGCAGACCCCUCACUAACUGAGCAUCAUUCAAGCCUGCAUAGAUUUGGAGCCAACUGCCUUCCCACGCCUGAUGGAUGCUUCAUCCUCUUCGGGGGUGUCACGGCGGCAUCUCAGCUGUCUCAGGAUCAGGAUAUACUGGUGCUCAAGAUGAGAGCGAAUAAGUUCAAUGCAGUCGCUUGUCUUGUCGACGUUGAUGAGAAGCGUAGUCUGCGCCCCUUCUUCAUCGGGUCCUCUGUCGUAUAUAUCGGGCACCACCAGUAUGUUAUCCUGGGGGGCGGCGCAACCUGCUACGGAUUUGGAGGCUACUGGUCAAGGGGCACGUAUAGCAUCGUGUUUGACACGGCAAACGAAAUGGUUGGAGAUCCAGCCGCCGGUGAAGAGGCACCUCUACCCGUGCGAUAUGCGCACACAAACUACAUUUGA